CUAUAGGCUUUUUGAGCAUUUCAGUCACUGCUCUAAUUUCCUAAAUCUAUAAAACUUAAGCACAUCCAUCUCCUUCAUUUCAGUCACUGUCCUUCAGUUCUUUUCCACUUCUUAAAAUCCCACAUCAAAUCUUUUGAUACAUAUCCAUUCAAGAAUUUAGAUUACAAUUCGAAUGGCUUUAAUGGGCACAGAAAACGCCUCCUCAUCUUUUCCAUCUUCUUCUAUGCUUGGAUGGACAUAUGACGUCUUUCUUAGCUUUAGAGGUGACACCCGCAAAAAUUUUACAGACCAUUUAUAUACUGCUUUGGAAGAAAAAGGCAUAUUCACAUAUAGGGACGAUGAGAAACUCAAGCGAGGAACAUUCAUUGCCCCAGAGCUCUUGAAAGCAAUAGAAGAAUCAAGAUUUGCUAUUGUCAUUCUCUCAAAAGACUAUGCGUCAUCGAGUUGGUGCUUGAUGGAACUUGCAAAGAUUGUUGAGUGCAUAAAAAAGACUGGACUGAUAGUACUACCUGUUUUCCACUAUGUGGAUCCUAGUGAUGUGCGGCAUCAAAGGGAGACUUUUGCAGAUGCAUUUGUUAAAUAUGAAGAGCGUUUCAAAGAUAACAUGGGGGAUGUGUACACAUGGAGAGAUGCUUUGACACAAGUUGCUAGUAUCGCUGGAUGGGAUUUACGAGACAAGUAAGAAUU